AUGCCCUUUCCUGGUAGUUCGCGCGUCCGAUCGAUGGGAUCUGGUACUCGCCACACUACCGGUGCCUUCGACAUGGAGAAUUCGCGGAGGAAGAAUGCUUCGUCUGUCUCCGUUCAACAUCAUGCGCACAACUUAUCUCGUGGAGCGGCAGUUAGGGUUCUCGAGGUGACCACGUGUUUCAUUCUCGGCAUGACUUUGGUGGUUGUGUUGGUUCCUGCGUGGGUGCUUGAUCCGCGCUCACUAAGAAAGAAGCGAUUUGUGGCAGGGAAAUGUGGGGCGAUGGAGCAAAUGUGUCUGCGCACUCUCGUUUCGAUGUUGGUCGAGCACCUACAGAUGUGCGAUGCCUCGCCACCUCGAGGUAAGGAUGUGACGCAGAUGAACCUGGUUUCACAAUCCACGACUGUGACUUUCUAA